ACACAUAUAUCCCGGGUCUCGUGCCUUCAGCUGCAAAGGAUGCUCACUGCCCUCCACAGCCUCACACCCUGCACUGCUAUGAAGCUGACUGUUCCUCUGCUCAUCACCAUGGUGCUCUGCAGCUCCCUUGGGGCUGGCUCUGAUCAUGAGGUCAUCCCCAGCUUUCUUCAGACGCUUCUUGAAGGCUCUGCUGAACAGCUGUACGUUGGACCAAUUUCUCAAUAUGAAGUCGAUGAUUUGACUAAAACCGCUUUGAGCGCCUUAAAGGGAUGUAUUGAUGACCUUUCUCCUGAGCAUGUAAAGGCCCUCGUCAAUCUGCUGAAACUUGUUCGGACAGAGGCUUGAACGAAUGGAACGUUUGACCCGGCUGCUGCCAGCACUUCCCAAUUACUUCCAGUUUCUCAUACCCAAAGCCUCUGGGAAAAUGACGACCAUAAAACCAGAGGAAAGCAGGAUGCUGGCAGCUGUUCUUCCUAAACUCUGUGUGCUCAGUACUACACCCUCUCACUUUCCAGUCUGUUUUAGAUCUUAUUUCUUUAGCGAUAACACCUAAGUUCUAAAUAAAAUUCAGAUGAUGUUUUAAAUUA